AUGUCGCUUCUCGUCGCCAACAUGCCGUCGCCACCACAUCGAGAUCGCAUCGAGCCGGAGCCAGAAUCGCCGGGCACAUCCGGCUUCAACACUCCCACCGCCUCGUCCGGUCACCACACCCCCGCCGCAGGUUACCGCACCGCCGCAGGCACCAUCUCCAAUGCCUUCGCCUCUCUCUGGGGCGCCUACAACCAGCAGCAGACCAACGAGGGCGGUCCGUCUCGCUUGCGUCCAGAAUCCUCGUCGCAGAGCCCCAGCGCUUCCCCCAACAUGUCCGUGCCCGGCGGCUGGGGCAACUUGCUCAGCUGGGGCCCCGCAGCAGCGCGCCAAAAGACCAGCAACAACAACACACAGACGCUGCGCAAGUCGGCAUCUCCCACGCGCACCGGUCGCGCAAAGUCCGGCCGCUCAAGAGCCGCCAUCCCCUUCGACAUCUCGGCUCCAGUCGAAGCUACAUCCGUCGAAAAGCACGAUACCGACCACGCCCACCCCGGCGACAGUCGCACACCAGACCACCACUCGCUCGGCCAAACUGGUACGAUGCCAAGCCCUCGUCGUUCUCCAACAAGCUCGCCGCGUCGCCGUCCCUUAGCCGGUAUCUUUGAAGACGUGCCCGCCUCUUCGCCCCCUCACACCCCGGCAUCCCACUCGCCCACCUCGCCGCGUGCGAGGCUCGUGCAUGACCUGCCGCCUCACUCGCCCUCGCUCAAGCAGGAAUCGCCCAGCGGCGCGUAUGCCACGCUCUCCCGCCUCCAAUCCAGGUCCUCGAGCACCAAGCUUCGCUCCGGCUCCGGCUUUCUGUGGCCGUCAGCCACGCCAGCCAGCUCCGAACCCUCCAACUCACCCAUCCCACACCAGCGUCCCGCAGCCAACUGGAGCGAAGCCAUCGCUCGCACAGAGAAGCUCGACUCGUACGUGCGUCGCAUCGUCUUCCAGGCAGGCCUCGACUACGAGACGCGCCCCAUGGUCGUCCUCGCCGCAUGCUGCCUUCCUGAUCCAAAAGAAGUCGACUACGAUGCGCUCCUCGACCGCAUCAUGGACACCAUGGACCUCUUUGUCGAAAACGACUACACCGUCGUCUACUUUGCCGGCGGCGGACACCAUCGUCCCGGCUGGAACUGGAUCUGGCGCGCAUACCGUCGUCUCGACCGUCGCUUCCGCAAGAACCUCAAGAAGCUCUACAUUGUCCAUCCCACCUUCUUCACGCGCUCGCUCCUCCAGUUUGUCAACACCGGCGCCUACUUUGUCUCGCCCAAGUUCUCCAAAAAGGUCUCGCAGCUCUACACUCUUAGCGCGCUCGCACAACACGUGCCGCUCACCCAGAUCGACAUCCCGCCCGAAGUGCUGCAGUGGAAUGCAAAGUACGAGAGCCACGUCAACCUGCCCUCCAAGGCCUCCGACGCUCUUGCAGGCCAGGACGCCACGGACCGCGUGUUUGGCGUGGAUCUCGUGCGCCUCAUGGGCGAGUACGGCGAGAGCGGCGGCGUGCCGCGCGUCGUGCGCGACUGUGUCGACGCCAUCCUCGGCGACUUUGACGGCAUCCGACCCGCCGAGGUCGAGGGCAUCUUUCGACGCUCGCCCUCCUCGGCGCUGCUCAAGACGGCGCAGGAGAGCUACGACCGGGGCCAUCCGGUCAGCCUCGAGCAGUACCGCGAUCCGCACAUCCCCGCCGUGCUGCUCAAGGUGUUCCUGCGCUCGCUGCCCCGGCCCAUCUUUGCCGCGAGCAUGUAUCCGCUCAUCCGCGCGUGCCCGCCGCCGCCGCUGCCCAACGCCCAGGUGCCCAGCGCAGUGCACGAGGCGCAGGCGCAGGAGACCAUCGAGUAUCUGCGCACGCGUCUGCUGCCGGCCAUCGAGCCGAGCUGUUCGGGCAUCCUGCUGUCGUACGUGCUCGAGAUGCUGCACAAGGUCGCGCAGCACCGCGAGGCCAACAAGAUGGACGCGGCGAAUCUCGCGACGGUGAUUGCGCCCAACCUCGUCUCGAGCGGCAAUGCGAUCAAGGACGUCAUGAUCUGCCGCGUCGAGGGGAUGGCCUCCAUGACGCUGUCAGCGCAGCCGCCGGCGUCGAGGUCGCCGCAGCUGCGCAAGGCGUCGCUCUCGUCCAACGCCGACACCAACACCACCACGCUCGGCUCCAUCGUGCGCUUCUGCAUCGAGCGCUACUACGAGAUCUUUGACGAGGUCAACUUUGGCGCGCAGUCCAACUCGGUGCAGGAGCUUGUGGAUGAUCUUGGCAAGGAUGACGGCAGCCGCUCGCCCUCGAUGGCGUCGAGGCGGCUGCCGAGCGUUUACGACACGCCCAUGUCGCAGCACGGCGCGCUGGGGCUCGACGCACGAAUGCACCGCCGCGGCGGCUCGACGCAGUCGUCGGUGUCGGGCGUGUCGGUGUCGCAGCCGCCGUCGCCGUGGGGGAUGGCCGGCGCGAGUGCGUGGCACGGCGGUGGUGCGGACGAGGAUGACGACGACCGGCGCUCGGGUGCGACGGGCCGCAGCAUCACGUCGCGCGACGGCUACCGUGCUCCAGCCGGGGUGCACCGCGGUACGAUCGCACGCAACUCGUCCGGCUCGCUGCGGCUCACCAAGGGUCGGCUGGGCUCCAACACGAAUCUGCGCGGUAGCUUUACGCCCGCCACCGCCUCGGGACUCGCCAGGCCCUCGGGGUUCACACCGGUGAGCGCGCCCGCAGCACAGGCGGAAACCGACACGGAUGCACUCACGUCGCAGCUGAGUGGCGUGGCGCUUACGGGCGCCAAUGCGGUAGCGACCUUUAGCUCGCCUGUAGCCGAGAGGACGAGUGUUGCGCUCGGGGGCGCGCAGCCGCUAGUUGUGGGCGGAAGUAAGGCGCUCACGCCGACGUCGGGCAGUUCGUCGGCAUCAGCAUCGCCCGUGCUCGCGUCGAGCCCGCACUGGGGAGUCGCUCGGGGCGGCGGAGGUGACCAGCCGCCUUCGCCGGCCGCACGCCGCAGGGAACGUACCGAGCUGUCGCAGGUGGACGAGGAUGACGAUGCGUAG